AUGAGUGCACGCCAGUUAGCUGGCUCGAGUGGACUGUCGGAUCAGGCCGUUUUGUCAAAACUGCUGAAGAGAAAGGUAAGAUCCACUUCAAGUAUUUCAUCGAAAGACGGGACAAAUGAGAAAAAGAGAGCGAGUUCAAACAAUUCUGUGAUAAAAACAACAUCAAAAAAUCGUAACCAAAAGCAAACAUAUGUUAAUUCACAUAACCUCCCUAACUCCACGAAUACUGAAAUGAAUACUUUAAUUAUUGAAAAUAAUAACUCUGCGACCCAUAUCAUUGAAUCUAUACUAGAACAUGAUGCUAACAACACUGGAGUACCAGAAAAUGUUGUUCAGAGUUCAAAUGCAACAAAUGCACCAUCAACAAUAAAUGGUAUCCCUAACGUUCCGGUCAGUAAUAGGUUUGAACCUCUUUCUACGGAAAUGGAAGACGAACCUGACGAAACAAUAGUUACUCAUCAACCACCUCCAAUUAAAAUAAAAGGCAUAACAAACUUCCAAACUCUCUGCACGAAUUUAGUAAGCCUUUUAGGAGAAAAUAAUUUUGAAUAACACCUGCCUCCAGAGGCGGAACACGACCGACUUACUUAUACCGUCCCUAUCUCGCAAAAACUACACAACACGACUUACGCACAGGCAACGUGUACUAAAACUACAUAUCACAACACAACACCACAAUUCACAACUGCUCAAACAACGAGUGUAACUCCUCACUACGCAAUCUCUCACAAUAUAGCUCCUCAUCAUACAACUCAAAUUACAAAUCCCAAAACUUCAAAUGAAUCUUCUCGUUAUGUAAUCCCUCACAAUAUCAUUCCUCAUCAUGUAGCUCCUCAAAUUACAAAUCCCCAAACUUCAAAUAUAUCUCCUCACAAUACCAUUCCUCAUCAUACGACUCCUCAAAUUACAGAUCCUCGAACUCCAAAUGUAUCUCCUCAAUACACUACUUCUCAUACUACAAGUAUAACUCCUCAGCACUCAAUAAACCAAACGAGUAUAAUCCCUGACCGUUCAAGUUUACCCGCGAGGUCUGGAAGUGCUCUCCAUUGUUCACCUCGACAUACAAACACCACCUGGACCAUAACAGGUGAAGAAAAGGCGGACGAAUUUGCAAAACACCUGACCCAGGCGAAACCCUUACUGGUUGAGCAGAAAUUCGUAACGCCAGCGCUGUGCUGGAAGAUUGAAGAGGCCUGGUUAGGCAUUGGAUGGGAUUCUGUUGGCUAUGAUUGCCUCGUACGUGUACCCAUCGUGUACCCUUCACGUCGCUCGAAAAGAUAA